AUGGCCGCGCCGGGGUCCGCGGCCGCCCUGGGGGGGUCCCGGGCCGAGGAGCCGCCGCCGCCGCCCCCCUCCGCGCCCCCGGCCCCCCCGGCCGCCGAGCAAGGGGGCCCGCCCCACCAGCAGCCGCCGCCGCAGCAGCCCUCGCCGGCCGAGCAGAAGCCCCCGCCGCCCCCCGCCGCCCCCCAGGCGCAGCAGCCGCCCCCCCAGCAGCCGCCCGCCGCCCCCGCCCCGCGCCCGGACCAGCAGGACGCCUCCUUCCUGCCCCUCGUGCACGACAUCAUCAAAUGCAUGGAUAAAGACAGCCAGGACGUCCACCAGGUGCUGAGCGACCUGCGCACCAAGUUCGUGGAGAUGCGCAAGCUGAUCAAGGGCAUGCAGGGCAUCGGCGUGAGCCCCGAGUGCCAGCAGGAGCAGCUCCGGAGCCUCCGCGAGCAAGUCCGGACGAAGAGCGAGUUGCUGCAGAAGUAUAAGAGCUUGUGCAUGUUCGAGAUCCCCAAGGAGUAGGGGG